AUGGAUGAAGGAAAGGAUGACACAUCAAAGCGCAAAGCAUCCGAGGAUCCUUCGUCGCCUUCGGCAUCGAAACGCAUCAAGCAUGACGACUCGACCGAACCGAACGAUGACGUGACGCAGAUGAUGAAACCGAUCCCCUUUCCGGAAAAGCCUGCUGUGAUCGAAGAGCGCAAUGGUGAGAUCGAGUUCCGCGUCGUCAACAAUGACAAUGAGCGCGAAUCCCUCAUCAUUCUCACCGGCCUCAAAUGCAUCUUCCAGAAGCAGCUUCCCAAGAUGCCCAAGGACUACAUCGCCCGGCUCGUCUACGACCGCACGCAUCUUUCCAUCGCCAUCGUCAAGAAACCUCUCGAGGUUGUCGGCGGCAUCACAUAUCGACCGUUCAAGGGUCGCCAGUUCGCCGAGAUUGUCUUUUGCGCCAUCAGCUCCGAUCAGCAAGUCAAAGGGUACGGCGCACACAUGAUGUCCCAUCUGAAGGACUAUGUCAAGGCGAGCAGCGAUGUGAUGCACUUUCUCACCUACGCGGACAACUACGCCAUCGGCUAUUUUAAGAAGCAGGGGUUCACCAAGGAGAUCACCCUGGACAAGAAGGUCUGGAUGGGAUAUAUUAAAGAUUACGAGGGAGGCACCAUCAUGCAGUGCACCAUGCUGCCUCGCAUACGCUACCUCGAGGUCGGGCGCAUGCUGCUCAAGCAGAAGGAGUGCGUGCUGGCCAAGAUUCGUGCCUAUUCCAAGUCGCACAUCGUUCACUCGCCGCCCAAGGAGUGGAAGAACGGCGUCAAGGCUCUCAACCCGCUCGACAUUCCGGCGAUCCGAGAAUCAGGCUGGUCGCCGGACAUGGACGAGCUCGCCCGACAGCCGCGACACGGACCGAAUUACAACCAACUCCUGCACCUGCUCAACGACUUGCAGAACCACAACUCGGCGUGGCCCUUUCUCGUUCCCGUCAACAGAGACGACGUGGCCGACUACUACGACGUCAUCAAGGAGCCCAUGGACCUCAGCACCAUGGAGUCCAAGCUGGAGGCGGAUCAGUACGCGACGCCCGAGGACUUUACUAGAGACGCCAAGCUCAUCUUCGACAACUGCCGCCAGUACAACAAUGAAAACACGCCAUAUGCCAAGUCGGCCAACAAGCUGGAAAAGUACAUGUGGCAGCAGAUCAAGGCCGUUCCCGAGUGGUCACACCUCGAGCCGGAGAAGUAG